AAGAUAUGUAAGCAUUCGAUCAAUUCCAUUAUAAUCUUAUCUAUUCUGGGUUAACAAAUAGAACAAUGACUAAACCGCUUUUCAAAUGCCUUCUCUAUGUUUCGAUAUUUGUUUCAGUAAGUUCUGACUGUCCUCUUGGUUUUAUGAGAUUUCAAGAAUCUUGCUACGCCAUUUUACCAGUGAAAGUUUCAUGGGCAGAAGCACUGAGAUUAUGUCAGGCUUUUCAAGCUAAGUUAGCGUGGAUAGACAGUUCAAUAGAAGAUAAGUUUAUUGAAGGGAUGCUGAACAGAUACCAUGAUUCCAUAGCGACGGCGGAAGUGUGGAUGGGAGGCACGAACAUGCUCAUUGAGGGAAUAUGGCUGUGGGCAGACUCAUUAAAACCCUUCACAUACACAAAUUGGUUCCCAGGAGAGCCAAACAAUCAUGACCAUGGACAACAUUGCCUUGGUUUGGUCAGAGAUAAAGGAUUUAGAUGGGAUGAUAAUCAAUGUGAACUUAAAAUGGCACCACUUUGUAAAGCUACGGCAAAUGUUGGAAAUGAAAUAAUUGGAUAGACAUAAUUUAAUAGCCUAAAAUGGAAAUACUUACAUGA